UAGGCCAAGUCAGGGUUAGGUUAAGUUACAGUUACGGUUCACAGUUAGAGGAAGUCAAGAAGAACAUCUCCGAUUCCGGAGAGGGAACAUUCCACUCGAAGCGGGAUGGUCAAGAGCAACCCAGGACUAUCAGCAUUGAGACGAGCAGUAUUCCAGAACCUGAACGCCCCACUCCGACGAUACCAAGCCCUAGUUAUAGGCCGACCAGGACUACCAGCAAGCAUCUUCGACAAGCCGACUUACCCCUCCAGGACACCAUACCGAUCUCUGACUAACACCAGGCCUCUUUCGAAUACCAUGUCGGCUCCAAUCUCGUUGAACACUAUCAAUGGUACCCCCGGCGCUCCCGAAGCUAUAGGCCCUUAUUCCCAGGCCGUGGUGACCUCUAAUGGACUCAUUUACUCCAGUGGCUCGAUCCCCUUGGAUCCUAGUACUAUGAAGGUCAUUCAUCCGACCGAUGUUGAGCUACAAACUGAACAAUGUCUUAAAAACCUAUCCAAAGUGUUAGAACAAGCCGGUGGAUCGAUCCAAUCGGUGAUCAAAGUGACCGUGUUCAUCAAAGACAUGGCCCAAUUCUCGAAGAUCAACGAGGUAUAUGCGAAGUUUUUCAAGGACCAUAAGCCUGCUCGAAGUUGUGUUGAGGUCGCUCGACUUCCGUUGGACGUCUUGGUCGAGAUCGAAGCGGUUGCUGCCAAACUCUAAAAGAGGACUCCUGCUGGGAUCAUCGAUCAUCGCAUGAAAAAAAGGGACACCGUCCGAAGCCGUAUACCCGCCAGGGUGUCAAGGCCUCUAUUCCCAGAGCAUCCAUGAUGAUCAGCUUCCAACGUCUGCUUUGUACUUACUCUCUUGCAAUAUAUACGAUCGGUCACGUCAUCCAACCAACAGCUUACUAACGCUCGAAAAAAUCAAUAAGAGCACUAGAUGCCAAUAGCUUUGGCUUGAUACUCUCAAUAAUCGUCUAGUUUAUCUAGUCAUCGGAUUUUGUUUCAUGUUGAACAACUUCUUGAGCUGAG